AACGAGUCUGUCUUCCAUCUGGAUGGAUACACACUCUGCCUGAAGUGGAUCAGAGGUGGAUUUCCAAGGCCCUGUUCAGGUGGACAGCACAGGGCCAUCCUGAGCUGAUCUUUAGCAGGGUGGACAAACUUUGGUGGUAUCCUCCACAGGUUCCACUGAAGACCAGUAAUUGCCCUCCCUUAGAGAACUACUUUGGCCAUCCCCUGCUGCUCUGGAUGCCACGAAAACUGUGGCAAGUGAAGCUGACCUGUCCACAUCCAGACUGUCAGAAAGACCUUCUGACCUCAGCUGGCUUGCAUCAAAAGAUCAGGCAGGUGUUUGCCUUGGGUAAGAUAUACUUUGUGGCAUCUGAGUACCUGGCCUGCCGAAGAUGUAAGAGGAAAGUCAUCAGCUGGAGCCAUGAUAUCGUCUCCCAGCUCGACAUUGGCCACAGGGUGCAGUUCCCUUGCAUUCUUACAUCAAAACUUGCAUGUGACGUCGAGGUAGUAUGUUUGAUGCGUCAGCGAGGGCUGGGAAACAGCAGCAGCCAGAUCCAGCGCAAGCUGCAGGAACGUCAUACUGAGGUGUGGUUGCAAAAGACAGUCCAGUAUCUGACAGAUUGCAAGGGGAUUGCCAGUGCUGUCACUUCGAGCCUGAUCCUGCCUGUGACAUUUGAAUCUGCUCCUUCAAUGCCUUCUGUCCCUAAGCAUCGGUGGCUGAUGCAGGUGUACGCCCAGGAUGUCCUGCAAAGGCUGGAUGAGAUCAAGGCCACUAUCACAUCGCAAUAUGGUCGGAUCUUAAAAAUGGAUUCAACAAAAAAAGUGGCCAGAAAACUAGCUGGACGCAGCUAUGGCACUGCUACCUGGGCAACCAAUGUUGGUAAUGAGCACGGACAGGUGAUCAUGUCCGUGCUCACAGCCAGUGAAGGUUUUGGUCUCGGGCCAAUGAUUGAAGGCCUCAUUAAAAGAUACAGAGUGGCUGGGGUGGCUCCUCCCGAGAUACUGUAUGUUGACCGAGACUGCUGUGGCAACACUCUUCUGAGAAGAAUGUUUGAAGAGUGGGAGCAAAUGAUCAUCCGUUUGGAUGUAUGGCACUUCAUGCGGAGGUUUGCUGUGGGUUGCACCACUGACUCUCAUCAGUUGUAUGCCACAUUUAUGAGUCGCCUCAGCCACUGUAUUUUCAUGUGGGACCAGGUUGACCUGACGGCCCUGAAGAAGGCAAAGCAUGCAGAGCUAGAAGCUAACUGGAAACCUACAUCCGAGGCUGAUGUGCUGCGCAGUAUCAGCCGUAACGAGCUAGCCCUACAUUGCAGGAGAACCACUCGCGGGACCAAGGACACCCUGGCGCUGAUUGAGAGCCAUAUUCAGGCCUUUGAUGGAGAUGCUGGUCGUGACACUAUGGGAGUCCCACUAAUAAACUCAGCCCGGAUGAGAGAGAUAUUGAAGUCCCAGCGGAAGCAUGUGGCCUGCAUCCAGGAUCCUGUAGGUGUGCAGCUCUACAUGCAGACGGGCACUGUAGUGAAGGGAGGGCACCGUCUGCCAACCCACCGCUGUGCCAGAGGUUCCACUUCGCUUGAGUCAUUUCACCUGCACCUUAACAGAUUCAUCCCAGGUACGCUGGCGAGUGACACCUUCUUCCAGGCGUAUCUUUUGGAUGGACUUGCAAGGUGGAAUGAGGACCGGGCUGUGGCAGCAACAACUGAUGAGCAGCAGCCCCAUUCCUACAAUCAUCUUCUGCGUCAUGCUGUCAAUACUCUUGCAGAGGAGGUUAUGGGCAAGAAAAUCAUCCCUUAUGUUGGGCCAAGAAAGUACACUGGUGAGCUUAUUGGAGUGGAAUACCUUUACCAGCAAACUGGUAAAGUUCUGCAGGACUACAAGUUGGCCAUUGAAGAGUCCGAGACCACUGAGGUUGGUAUAGAAGUGGAUGAAGGUUAUGCUGAACUUGAGGAGUUUCAGGACAUCACUGUCCCCACCUUUGACACAGAACGGACACCUGUUGCCUCUUCACAAGCAUCAGUGUCUGCAGCAUCAUCUCCAACCCCUCCUGUCACCAGCUCCAUUUCAUCAUUGUCUGUGGUUCCUCCAUCACCAGUGACAUCUCCUGUCACCAGCUCCAUUUCAUCAUUGUCUGUGGUUCCUCCAUCACCAGUGACAUCUCCUGUCACCAGCUCCAUUUCAUCAUUGUCUGUGGUUCCUCCAUCACCAGUGACAUCUGUCACCUGCUCCAUUUCAUCAUCGUCUGUGGUCCCUCCGUCUCCUGUCACCAGCCCACUGCACAGUCAUUCAAAGCCAGGACUCUUUCCUGGAGCACAUAGCUGUGAGUUUACCAAAGUAUCUAUAUAG